AUGGCGCCGUUCUCCUCGCCUCCAAGACUUCCCAGGGGGCUCAAAUGGCGGCUGAGUCUUGUCGCCCUUAACAAGACUCCUAGCACCGCCAAACAAAUCGAAACCAAGCUCCAAUUCGCCGAUCUUCGCCGACAGUUGGUUGAUCGAACGCCUGAACUUACCCAAAUAGUUCAGUCUAGAACCGUUCGUUCUUUGAACUUGGUCCGCCUAUAA